ACACGAGCUGGGGCCGCCCUCGGGCGCCGUCGCCGAGCAGCGCGUCGCGCGUACCCGCCAAAGAUGCAGCUCGCGACGGGCAAAUCGAAGCGCUACCGCUUCUGGCAGACCCCAGAAUUUAAAGCGGCGGUCUGCUUCGGCCUGGCCUUGGCCUCCCUGUGCUACCUCGGCUACCAGCUCUACGACCCGCGCUACGCCGGCCCGAGCGACGACGACGUCGCGAAGCCCUACGUCGCGGUGCACGCGUCGACCGUCGGCGCGCCGCACGAGAAGCGCGGCCCGGACCCCGGCGCGACGCGGAGGUGGCGGGUCGGCGAGAGCUGGGGCGGCCAGUGGCGCGCGAGCAGCGAGCCCGGCGGCGCGUACAUGGCGGGCCGGCCCCUCGAGCCGCACCGCGUCGGCGCCUUUAUCGGCGGCGCCGACGCCGCGACGCGGUCGGGCUUCUACGCGACGCCGUCGGGCGACUCCGUCGCGGUCGAGGCCGUCGCGGGCAACUGCUCCUCCUACGGCGUCGCGCCGCCGGCGCACUACCCGGCGCACUACCCCAUCACGCAGAUCAUCGAGAACUGGCCGCCGGACUCCGUCGCCGUGCCGCCGCGCCACUUCGCGUCCCUCUGCGUCUUCGACCACGAGGACGAGAUCCAGCGGCGGCAGGCGACGGCGUUCCGGAAGAAGGAGCUGCCGUUCGUCGUGCGGCACAUCGGCGAGGUCGACGCCGUCGUGAAGGAGUGGUCGACGCCGGGCGUUUUAGAGAGGAGGCUGGGCACGAAGUACUACCGCUGCGAGCGGUCCGACGACAACCACUUCAUGUACCACGGGGGCCACGGCGGGUUGCGGGGGUGGUCGUCGCCGACGGAGAACGUGCAGAUGCGCUACGCGGACUGGCUCGCCUACGCGCGCAACGCCUACAACACGACGGUGCUCGAGGACCACUACUACUUCCGCGUGUCGCCGCCGGACAUGACGCCCAAGGACGUGCCCAUCUUCUCGCGCGACGACCCGCUCUUCAUGCCCAAGUUCAAGGAAUCGAAGGGCGUCCACUGCCGCUUCGGCUACGCGGGCAUCAUCGCCGAGGCCCACUUCGACGGGUCGCGCAACAUGGUCGUCGAGCUCGGCGGGCCGCCGGAGAGCCUCGGCCACUUCAACAGCGGCCGGCGCCGCUACAUGCUCGCGCGGCCCCUCGAGUGCCGCAACGCGUACCUCCUGCCCAAGGGCCACCCGUCGGGCCGCCACAGCGAGAUCGACUGGUCGCGGCCCGUCGACGGCGCCAAGUUCCCCAAGUGGGCGAAGAUGCGCGCGCUCGAGGUCGUCCUCGAGCCCGGCGACGUGCUCUACAUCCCGGGCUACUGGAUCCACUACAUCAUGUCCCUGGGCACGAACUUCCAGUGCAACUCGCGCUCGGGCCACUCGACGGCGUGGCAGGCCGACGUCGGCAACAUGCGCUCCCUGGCGCUGUUCGCCGCGCUCUUGACCGCCCAAGGCCUCCAGCAAUCCACUUGUCAAAGACGACGCAGCCUCCCGCGCGCCGCCGCGAGCGACGACGCCGAUGCCUUGCUGGCGGCCGCCGCGUCGCUGCGCGCCGAGGCAUCGCAGCUCGAGAAGGAGAUCGCGCCGCCGGUCGCGCCGCCGCCGCCGCCGCCGCCGCGGCCGGAGGUCGUCGCCGGCGUCGACGCGCGCGAGCUCGUGCCCUGGACGGGCAAGUGCUUCGCGGCGAAGAUCGAGCUCGACCAGUUCGACGAGGCGGGCGACGCCGGCGGCGUGGCGACGCGGUCGACGCCCGCGGAGUGGCAGCCCUGGUUCGAGCCCGGGGCGAGCGUCGCGUUCCGGCGGACUGCGACGGUCCGGCGUCGGGAGGACGAAACGAACUCAAACGACGCGCACGUGUGGUCCGCGGCGAUCUGCGCGACGAGCUUCGCGCGGCCGGCCUCGCGGAUCGGGUCGCCGACGAUGGGCGUCGCCUUGCGCCGGUCGUAG